AUACCAACAUUACAGGCGUCCACCAUUUUGCUGGGGGCAGCUGACAUUUGUUUGUGAGAGAAAAACCAGGGGAAUAUAGCAAACACUCGCUCAAAAUGGGUGCCUCUGCGAUUCCUAUUGCUGUUUUUACCAUCCUUUGGGGUGUCGUCGGUAUUGUGUGCCCCUUCUUUGCCCCUAAGGGUCCUAACAGAGGGAUUAUCCAGGUGGUGUUGAUGCUAACAGCUGCCACAUGUUGGUUAUUCUGGCUGUGCGCGUACAUGGCGCAGAUGAACCCGCUCAUCGGGCCCAGACUCAGCAACGAGACGCUCAUCUGGAUGGCGCGCAAAUGGGGCAACCCCAUCAACAUGACUGCAUAGAUCGGCGGCCACUUAUAAUUUAAUUUAAUUUUGUAUAAUUAUUUUCCUAAAAUCGAGGAACUGUUUAAUAACAUCAAAAACAUUCAAGGAUCAAUAUAUAUUAUAUGUGUAAGCGAAUACCUCCAUAACAUGGGGCUUGGAUUUAAUAUAAAAUAACACAAACACCUUUAAUUAUGUUCGUGAAUAUCUCCCUAACAAAAAGGGACUGUUGAAUUUUAUGUAAUAAUUUAAUAAAAUAAACAAACGUAUAUGUAAGCUCGUUGCAAAGUAUUUAACUAUCAUUCCGCGUUCUCGCUGUGUACACGGUGUGAAGUGUUUAAUGUACCUAUUGUAGAUAUUUUACUUCAAUAAAGUUAUAUGAGUUA